AUGUGGUUCGGGGAUGAACCAAGCAAAAGAAGGAUUUGGAGGCAACUCAAGAAUGCUAGAGGAUUUACGUUGCAGUGUAGUCAUUACCUCCCUUUCUCUGUCCCGGAAGAUAUUUCUCUUCCUUGUGUUGUAUAUUGCCAUGGAAAUAGUGGAUGUAGAGCAGAUGCCAAUGAAGCUGCGGUGAUUCUUCUUCCAUCAAAUAUUACUGUUUUUACGCUUGACUUUUCGGGAUCAGGCUUGUCUGAUGGUGACCAUGUUAGCCUUGGUUGGCAUGAAAAAGAAGAUCUCAAGAUGGUGGUGUCGUAUUUAAGAGAGAACAAACAAGUAUCUCGUAUAGGUCUAUGGGGACGAUCAAUGGGUGCUGUCACUUGCCUUCUUUAUGGAGCUGAAGACCCUUCUAUUGCUGGAAUGGUGUUGGAUAGCGCCUUUUCAAACUUAUACGGCUUGAUGAUGGAGCUUGUUGAUGUCUAUAAAAUUCGACUUCCAAAGUUCACUCUUAAAAUGGUUGUACAAUACAUGCGGCGAGUUAUUGAGAAGAAAGCAAAGUUUGAUAUUAUGGACCUCAACUGUUUGCAGGCAGCACCGAAGACAUUCAUUCCUGUUUUAUUUGGACAUGCUAACGACGACGAUUUCGUUCAUCCUCACCAUUCUGAUCUCAUUUCCGAGUCCUAUGCGGGAGAUAAAAAUACCAUAAGAUUUGAGGGCGAUCACAACUCUACUCGACCACAGAUCUUCUACGAUUCAGUUUGUAUUUUUUUCUAUAAUGUCCUCCGCCCUCCUCACAUUCCUAAAGCUCGUAGAUUUGAGACAUAUUACAGUAUGAGGGAUUCAAGAGUCGGUUCUGCUGUGGAUGAGGACGUAUUAUAUGAUAUAGUCUCUAAUUUACGGUCUUCAAGUCUUGAUGAUGCCGCUUCAUCAUCUGCUUCUACAACCAUUUUAAAUUCGAUUCUAUCCCCGGAGUCUGAGAUUAGAGAAGAAACAACUCAUGGCUGUGGUGAACCAGUAGAUUCAAAGGAUGAGCCAAAUUCUCCAUUUGAAGAUUAUUUCUCAUAUUGUGGCUCAACAAAAGAAAGCUUGGGUGGUGAUAAUGAUUCUGAGGUAUUUGCAACACCUUUGGGAAGUAUGAGAGAGACAUUGGAAGAACAAAAAGAAGAUGAAAAGAAUCAAAAGAAGAAGAAAAAGAAGAAAGCCGAAACAGUCGGAAAGAAACCGAAACCAGACAGGCUUGAGAAGUUGGAGUCCUUUAGUCGACGCCUGCGGCUCUGUAUUUUGAGGGGAUCUUCCCAUCGAAGAAAUAAAUCCUCUUGAUUGCUGUUGUGAGAUCUUCAUCUAACAUUACCGUUUUCAUAACAUCGAUGUAAUGAUACAGAACAUUUUUAAGGCAAUCCAUGAAAUUCAACUUGUAUAUGUAGCUUGAUUCUGUCAAAAAGGAAAAACUUGUAUGUAGCAUGAUUCUUUUCUAGGAAAAUAUUCUACAUGAUUUUAUGUGCAAAUUAUUGAUUA